GUUUAUGUGUUCAUGCCGUUGCUUAUUGUUCCUCUUCUCUUUCCUGAUUUUCUUUCUUGUUACAACCUCAUCCCCAAGCAAGAACCAAGACAAAAGUUAGUGCUAUCCUGGUGUUUAAUUAAUCAUCGGCACUGAAAGUAUAACAUCUUGUUGCAGGAUAAAAGAAUAGUUUCUUCUUGUGGUGGUGGAAGGUUUUUUGUUUAGUACAAAUGAACACUCAAAAGAGAAAGGCUCACGGGCAGAAUUAUGGAUCUUAUCUGCAGCCUCGGAACACGGGACUUGUGUUCCAGUCUCAGUUAUCAGAGGUGGUGGGAAGUUCAACCAAGCUGAAUCCAGGGACUUCUAACACAUCAGGCAUCCUUUCUAGCAAAUUUUCAUCACCUGUUUCAUUAUUGUAUGCAACAGAUGAGAAGUGCAAUGGAUAUUCACAAGGGCAUUCAGACAUUGAUGGCUUACCUACAUGUUCUCAAGUGUCAAGAGAUCAAUUUUCAACUGUUCCAUUGUCUAGAUCUUUUAACCAAGAUUCAAAAGAGUUUGACAAUUUUGAUCUUCAAUCACUGGUUAAAUUUCACCUCCAAAACAAUCAGAAUUCCCAUUUCUGUGAAAAGAUCCAUCAAAACUCUUAUGGAAACUUAGCAGGAAGUGGUGUUAUCCCAUACAUGCACAAGUCAACGGAAGAAGUCUCCCUGAAACAAAGGCGAACAUAUGUUAGUAUAAGCAACCCGCAAAAUCAGGAAAUUGGCUAUCAAUCAUUCAACAGCCAGCUUCUGAAACCACGCUCUUCAUAUGGCACAAGCUCCAGUACUCAUAGUAAUCUUGUUCCAGCAGGAGCAAGAAUCACAAAUAAAGCACGAAUAAGAUGGACUCAAGAUCUUCACAGUCGAUUUGUUCGGUGUGUAGAAUGGCUUGGAGGUGCUGAAAAGGCUACUCCUAAAGGGAUCCUUAAGUUGAUAGACACUGAUGGAUUGACUAUCUUUCAUGUAAAGAGUCACUUGCAGAAAUAUCGAACUGCAAGGCACAUUCCGGAAUCAACUGAAGGAAAAUCAAAGAAUGAGAGGACAAACGAUAUCAAUGCAAUGGCACGCUUUGACCCUAAGACAGCCAUACAACUUGUAGAAACGUUGAGACUGCAACUAGAUGUCCAGAAGCGCCUAAAUGAACAAUUGGAGGUCCAAGGAAAUCUACAAUUGCAGAUUGAAGAACAAGGAAGGCAGCUCAAAGAGAUGCUAGAUCAGCAACUAAAUACAAACAGUUCUCUUUUUGACACUCACAACGCAGACAUCAGAAGAUAAUCCUCCAAAUGAACUAGAAAGAUAUGUGUCUUUGAUAUGGAAGAUUUCAAGGAUAUCCACACACUUCUAAAACAGUAUGUUAAAAAUCUUGCCAAUGUAGAUCAUUCUAUUGCUGCAUUCGUGGGAGGUGAGAAGCCUUCCCUAACAUACUUGUUUCAGACAAUAAAGUCUAUCAACAAAUUUCAUUCAUCAAAGAGACAAAGAACGAAUAAAACAAUUAUGCUCCUAGCAGUUCAUAUGUUUUGUUUCUUUAGUGUAUUAUCUCUAGUUGGCACUUGAGAAUUGAACUUGGGAAACACUCCUAAGAAGUCCCUUGUUCCAGCAA